AUGAAGCCUGCAUAUAACAAGCCCUCUGUUAUCUUUGAAAAAGUCAUUCGCUAUUCCGUCGUAAACAAGUCCAGGCAAGCUUCAGAUGAAAAGGUUAAAAAAAGUUCGUCUUCUGUUGCCACUCAAUCUGUGAAGCGCCCUAAAGAUGCCGCAGUAAACAAGUCCAGGCAAGCUUCAAAUGAAAAAGUUAAACGACGUUCGUCCUCCGCAGCCACUCAAUCUGUGAAGCGCCCUAAAGAUUCCGUGGUAAACAAGUCCAGGCCAGCUUCAAAUGAAAAGGUUAAGCGAAGUUCGUCCUCCGCAGCCACUCAAUCUGCGAAGCGCCUUAAAGGUAUACUUCAUUCUGAUGGUUUGGCGAAGAGCACAUCAUUCACUACAUUCAGUCUCACUGAGAACAAUCACGCUGGAUUCUUGGGAGACUGGGCCAGCAGUGUGGGUGACGGUUUGGCGAACAACAAAUCAUUGACUACAUUCAGUCUCACAGUUAACAAUCACGGUGCUCUGAGGGAAGACUGGGCCAUCCGUAUGGGUGAUGGUUUGGCGAACAACAGAUCAUUAACUACAUUCAGUCUCACAGUUAACAAUCACGCUGUAGACAUGGGAUACUGGGCCAUCAGUGUGGGUGAUGGUUUGGCGAAGAGCAGAUCAUUAACUACUUUCAGUCUCACAGUUAACAAUCACGCUGAAUUCUUGGGAAACUGGGCCAGCGGUGUGGCUGAUGGUUUGGCGAACAGCAGAUCAUUGACUACAUUCAGUCUCACGGUUAACAAUCACGCUACUAUGAGGGAAGACUGGGCCAUAAGUAUGGGUGAUGUUUUGGCGAAGAGCAGAUCAUUAACUACAUUUAGUCUCACAGUUAACAAUCAUGCUGAAGACAUAGGAAUCUGGGCCAGCAGUGUGGGUGAUGGUUUAGCCACAGGCAGCCCAAGCUCAUGUCUCGAGAAAAAGCCAACGAUUAAUUAAUGAAAGCGUCACGCGUUGUGUGACUCGAUGUUAGGUUACGAGAGGAACCGUUGAAAAUUUGACACGUUAUAAGGAAUAGUAUGGGGAACGAGACAUGGUCGCUUUACAACGAUAGAUAUUUCGAAAGAUGAACAUUUUACACCUAAAAUCAAUCAAACUUAUUCACAUCCUGUGUGUUUGUUGUAGUUUCCGGCGAUUUCUGCCGUUUAAGCUUGCUUUACCAUCACUGGUAUUCAUGAAUAACAGUUGUAAAGUGACCAUAUCUCGUUCCCCAUACUAUUCCUUGUAACGUGUUAAAAUUUGCAACGGUUCCUCUUGUAACUUAACACCGAGUCACACAUCGCGUGACGCUUUCAUGAAUUAAUCGUUGGCUUUUUCUCGAGAAGUGAGCUUGGGUCGCCUGUGGUCGUACAUUUAACAAUCACGCUGACACGAUGGGAUACUGGACCAGCGGUGUGGGUGAUGGCUUGGCGAAAAGCAGAUGAUUGAUCACAUCCAGUCUCACCAUGAACAAUCACGCGGGCGAAGUAGGACAGUGGACGAACGAUUUUAAGCAAGGCCUUGGCAGUGAACGAUUCUUUAACCUUGUAUGAUGAGGACAGAAUUCGCUAGACGUUUAGCCAGUCUCGAUUCCCUCCAUUUUUUCUCUUUCUAUCGAGUGCGUGAAUAGAACGACGUAGAGCUAGAAAUUAUGAUAAGGACACAAUAGAAGAAAAACAACCGUGUUAAAAUUCCUUUUAUUUGUCGGUAGAGACUGUAAGAAGUUUACUAAAAAAUUUUUGUUCUGGAGGCAAGAAUUCGAACGAUUAACAUGGUUUUUGUCCCCUUAUACUUAUCAGUGUUGUUAGUGAAAUGUAUUUGCUCGUACAUGAAUGAGGUCAAAUUUAGUUGGUGUUGAGACUUGCACUUGCUCGUGCUAGUUUUACUCUUUGCACAAUCUGUGUCAGGUUGGCAAAUUUUUCUUUCGGACCAGCAGUAUACAUUAAUCUAUAGCUGACGAAAAAAGACAGAAAAACAUCUGUUGGUAAACAUGAAUUAGAAACACGGCCUUUCGCGCCUUUUAAUGGAAGGAGUGUGUAUGAUGUAGGUGAGAAACGAGCUCAUAUAACUGAAAUACCGGGAUGCCUACACAAAGAGAGCAGAGAAAUGAAACCGAAGUUUCUGAACAUUGUAAUUUUAUUACGCCACUGAUACUGUUUCAGUGAUUUUUUUACUGUUGUGAACGUUUUGUAGGAUGAGCCUAAGUAUAGAUGGGCUAUGUCAAAUUUUUCGUGAACGGCAACAGCACUCGGCGAAAAUGAACUGUGAUGUUACCUACUUUUCCAGUUGUACCAAAACCCUAUAGCUCCCCCCCCCCCCCAUUGUGCAAAUAUUCUGGUCUAAGUAAACAAAAAGCGGCUAAAGACGGUUAAGAGUUAAAUUUUUCCCGUUUUCGAUUUUCCGGUAACGUCGUGAUUGGUAUAUGUAAUUGCGUAGGCCCUCUGGCAAUUUAGGAUUAAUUUUACUUGUAUUUUCAACGUUUUCCCAAAAUUGUGCGGGUCGUGAUGCGACGAGGGCAAUACUGGGAAAAAUUUGAAAUGUGAAAUUAAUCCUGAAUUGCCCAAGGGCACUUGCGAUUACUUGUUUAUCACAUAAAGGGCAAACGUUUUAAGGGAAUUCCAUUCGUGCACGGUUUCCGCGCGGUGAAGCCCUUCAAUGCCGCGACAAAUGUCAAAACAAACGUAACUAACCAAUAGA